AUGCGGAGCUCCGACACUCGAGAAGCACAAGACAGGGCAUCGGAAGAAUCAAAAAAACGUGAUACCGAGUCAGAAGAUGAAAGAAGCGAACCCUGCGCCCACGGCUACAGCACGCGCAUGACGGACCGCAGUAUUUCGCGCUCCCGGUUUUCCAGAGUUUCAACGCGUCGAGAUAUGGAUAUCCCGUCAAUAUUGGCGUUCACCGCAACGAUUCCUAUACCGCGCACCCCGUCCACUGUCACCAGAAGA